CGGCGGGGAUGAGCCGCCCCCGCCGCCCGGCCCCGGUGCGGUGCGGGCGCGGCGGGAGCGGCCCGGUCCUCCACGCUCCCAGCAUGCCCCGCUCUCCCGCCCGCCUCUCCGGUCGGGGCACAUGCUCGGUGCGUGGGGCCGGCCCGGUUUCCUCCCGGCCUCGUCAGCAGCGCGGGGCCUCCCGGCACCCGCGGCACCCCCGACAUGGCCCCGCCGACAGGGAAUGUCGUGGACAGCCAGGCCCCGCGGGCCGUGGCCAGCCGGCUGCGCUGGGACCUGACGGCCGAGCAGAUCGAGGCCAUGGCCGCCGAGCUCACCGAGAGCACCAAGCUCGUGUACGACCGCGUGGGAGCCCAGGAGCGCGGGGAGGUCUCCUACGAGAGCACGCUGAAGGCUCUGGCGGACGUGGAGGUGGAAUACACAGUCCGUAGGAACAUGCUGGACUUCCCCCAGCACGUGUCCCCCUGCAAGGCCAUCCGCGCCGCCAGCACCGAGGCCGACAAGAAGCUCUCGGAGUUCGACGUGGAGAUGAGCAUGAGGCAGGACGUGUACCAGAGGAUUGUGUGGCUCCAGGAGAAAGCAGAGAGUGCUUCCCUGAAGCCCGAGGCAAAGAGGUACCUGGAGAGGCUGAUCAAGCUGGGAAAAAGGAACGGGCUCCACCUCCCUGAGGAGACACAGGAGAAAAUCAAAGCUAUCAAGAAAAAGCUGAGCGUGCUGUGCAUCGACUUCAACAAGAACCUCAACGAGGACACCACCUUCCUGCCCUUCUCCAGGGAGGAACUGGGGGGGCUCCCUGAGGACUUCCUGAACUCCCUGGAGAAGACGGAGGAUGGGAAGCUGAAGGUCACCCUGAAGUACCCACACUACUUCCCCCUGCUGAAGAAGUGCUACGUGCCCGAGACCAGGAGGAAGGUGGAGGAGAUGUUCAACUCCAGGUGCAAAGAGGAGAACUGCCUGAUCCUGAAGGAGCUGGUGGACCUGAGGGCUCAGAAGGCCAAUCUGCUGGGCUUCAGCACCCACGCCGACUUUGUGCUGGAGAUGAACAUGGCCAAGAGCAGCCGGACGGUGGCCACGUUCCUGGAUGAGCUGGCCCAGAAGCUGAAGCCCCUGGGGGAGAAGGAGCGGGCCGUGAUCCUGGACCUGAAGAAGAAGGAGUGCGAGAAGCGCGGGCUGGAGUUCGACAACCGCAUCAACGCCUGGGACAUGCGCUACUACAUGAACCAGGUGGAGGAGACCAAGUACAGCGUGGACCAGAACCUGCUCAAGGAGUAUUUCCCCAUGCAGGUGGUCACCACGGGCCUCCUGGCCAUCUACCAGGAGCUGCUGGGCCUCACCUUCCACCUGGAGGAGAAGGCUCAGGUGUGGCACGAGGACGUGCAGCUCUACACGGUGAAGGACGCGUCCUCCGGGGAGACCAUCGGGAAGUUCUACCUGGACCUGUACCCACGGGAAGGGAAGUACGGACACGCCGCCUGCUUCGGCCUCCAGCCCGGCUGCCUCUUGCCGGACUCCAGCCGGCAAAUCUCGGUGGCCGCCAUGGUGGCCAAUUUCACCAAGCCCACGCCGGACGCCCCUUCCCUGCUGCAGCACGACGAGGUGGAGACCUAUUUCCAUGAGUUUGGGCACGUCAUGCACCAGCUGUGCUCUCAGGCGGAGUUUGCCAUGUUCAGCGGGACACACGUGGAGCGGGACUUCGUGGAGGCCCCGUCCCAGAUGCUGGAGAACUGGGUGUGGGAGAAGGAGCCGCUGCUGCGCAUGUCCAGGCACUACAAGACGGGGAGCCCCAUCCCGGAUGAGCUGCUGGAGAAGCUGAUUAAAUCCCGGCAGGCAAACACAGGGCUCUUCAACCUGCGCCAGAUCGUCCUGGCCAAGGUGGACCAGGCGCUGCACACCCAGACCAAGGCUGACCCCGUGGAGGUGUUUGCCCAGCUCUGUGAAGAGGUGCUGGGUGUCCCUGCCACCCCAGGUACAAACAUGCCGGCCACCUUCGGCCACCUGGCCGGGGGCUACGACGCCCAGUACUACGGCUACCUCUGGAGCGAGGUGUACUCCAUGGACAUGUUCCACACCCGCUUCAAGCAGGAGGGAAUCAUGAGCUGCAAGGUGGGCAUGGAUUACAGGAAGUGCAUCCUGCAUCCCGGCGGCUCCGUGGACGCGUCAGACAUGCUGAGGAGGUUCCUGGGCCGGGAGCCCAAGCAGGACGCCUUCCUGGCCAGCAAGGGACUGAAGGUGGAGAGCAACUCGGUGCCUUCGGCCUGAGGUGCUGCUCGGCCCUGCCCACGCGCCUGCCCUCGCCUGGUUCCUGCCACCAAAGAGCCCCGGGCCGCCGCUGCCUGGAGCUGCCCCUCCAGGCUCCCGCUCCCAGCCCCUCCUGGGCCUUGGGAGCCGGGCCCAGCCCUGGGCCGGGGCUCUGUGGUGACACAGAGGUGACCUGCCCUCGUCACCCCGGGGCUGUGGGUCACCCACACCAAUUGGCUGAACUUUGAACCUGAUUUCUGCACAAGGGUGAGUUUUGGCCUCGUUUGGAGCCGGGGAGGAGGGGGAGAGGCGUUCCCAAACUUGAAUCUUUGUUUUUAAAUCCCUUCUCUUUUAAGAAACCUCGUUGUCCUUGUUGUUGCCACCUUGGCUUGGUUUGUGCCCCGGGACAGACACAGCUGUCACCAGGGCAGGGACAGUCCUGCUCUCCUCAUCUUUGGGCAGCUCUUGGCUGUGCCAUAAAGAUGGGGAGAUCCCAGAGCUCAAAACCCACAGGGAAUUGACUGGAGCAUCCUGCCCUGCGCCCCUCAGGGACCUUCCUGCCUGGCAGGGGGACAGAGGUGGCCGCUGCAGGCGUUCCAGAACAGGGAGUCUGGGGACGUGGCCUCCGUGUGCUGCCAGAUGUCCCAGGGCCAUCUCGGGGUCAUCCUGGGGCCACCCCGGGGCAGCCAGGGGCUCAGGCUGCGGCAGCCCAGGGUGUUGCUGUUGCUGUCAGCUCCCAGGCGGGCUGGGACAGGGGAGGGUUGUGUUUAUGACCGAAAACACCGAGCUGACAGCUUCAAACAACACGAGACAAAAAUAUCCCGUGGGCUCCGUGCCAGCCCUCGAGCUGCCGGCCGGGCUGCGGCGCCACGGGGAGGGACAGCAGCCAGCCCGGGCUGGGCCACCUGCCCCGGGCUGUCCCCAGCGUGCCCCAGGAGCCUGCGUGGCACAGGGUGCUGUGGCACAAGGCUCCUGACCCCGAGGGCAAAGGCUGCCUUUGCUGCCGGCUUGGGAGAGGUCUGGGGCGCUUCCUCGGGAGCUGAGGAGCAUCGGGGGGAGCUGGGAUUUGUGUCCCACCCCUUCCAGCCUCUGCGUGAGGCCAUUUGAGGGCUGUGGGAUCCAUCCCUGCCGCUCUGCCGUGCUUUGGGGACACGAGUGACAGCCCCAGUGCCCCAGCUCACCGGCACCGUCCCAGCCACUGCAGGCUGUUCCCUGUUCCCUCUGCUUUGUCACCAAAGGAACAAGGCUCCCCCCAGUGCAGACAAAGUCGUUGCUGUCACCUCCCUCCCGCAGGCCCCGCUGGUGACACGGGAAGGCCGGUGACAACCCCCGGCCCGUCCCCUCUGGCGCUGACACGUGCACGGGUCCGGAAGCGGCUCCUUGGUGCUUGCUGGGGCCACCUCGAGCAUCUUGUCCUUGUCCCUCCCUCCGUGUGUCAGGCGUGGGCGGGCGGGGCGGCCCGCGCUGCCCCGGCUGUUUUUAGUGUCCUGUUUUACUGAGCUUUCAUCGUUUUCUCCGACUCUUCUCUCCAGAGAGAGAGAAGUGAAGCUGAACAGGGAAACCACGCACUUUCCUCCCUCCUUCCCAGCCCACAGCUCCCUCUGUCCCCUCUCCAGUGUCCCCACUGCCCAGCGGGGGUGACCUGGCACCUCUCCAGUCCCAGGAGCAGCACCGGGACAUGGAGCUGCACCUCCCCAUCCCCAUCCCCAUCCCAGGCUGGCAGGGAAGAGAGCUCCUUUUUAUUUUGGGCUUUGGAUUUCGGGGUUGUUUUUUCCCGUUAACAGUUUUAAGGGCAAACUGGUGUGUGUGUGCCGUUCGUACUGGUCACGUCCCACCCCGCUUGUUUCCACGACUGGAUUUUAGACGGUUCCCAGCACUAAUAAAGGUUUUCCUCCGUGGA